AGCCUAACAGCCGUAAUGUCACAGAAAACUAAAGUUAUUGAACUAUACAAAAUGUUUUACGACCGCACCUGCCUACCGGUUUUGCUACAAUGCUGCCCAAUAAUCUGUAGGAUUACAUUCGAGAGGAAGUUCCAGUUCUAUCACUCUACAAUUAGCCACCGAGUGACAUCCAUUGAAUCAGAAAUGGGUCUCCCACGAGUAUUCUUUGACAUGAUAGCAGAUGGUCAGCCUGUAGGACGUAUUAUCAUUGAACUACGGUCCGAUGUAGUUCCCAAAACUGCAGAGAACUUCCGUGCUCUGUGUACGGGAGAAAGAGGUUUUGGCUACAAGGGUAGCUCUUUCCAUCGUGUCAUUCCGAACUUUAUGUGUCAAGGUGGUGACUUCACCAACCACAAUGGGACUGGUGGAAAAUCGAUCUAUGGAACCAAGUUCGAGGAUGAGAACUUUAUCCUGAAGCACACUGGUGCUGGAAUUCUCUCCAUGGCAAAUGCUGGCCCAGACACCAACGGUUCCCAAUUUUUCAUUACCACCGUCAAAACAUCUUGGCUUGACGACAAGCACGUUGUUUUUGGUUCUGUUAUCGAGGGUAUGGAUGUUGUGAAAAAGCUAGAAGGUUUUGGUUCUCAGAGCGGAAAGACGACUAAGAAAAUUAUAAUUGCUGAUUGUGGUCAACUUCAAUCUUAAACAUAUAUGUGAGAUCUUUUCAAUAUGUGAAUUAAUUUCAAGAUACAAAGCAUUUAAUAUUCCAUUCCUUUGAAUAGAUUAUCAGAAACAGUCCUCAGAUGUCUUCAAUUUUUGUAAUUCUCGUGAUUUUAGGAAACUUAUUGCAAAACGAUUUAGCUUAAAAUAAAUGAGUUCGUCAGGAUUCGUUUAAUGCAAUUAUUUCCCUAAUCUCGCAGCUUUAUAUAUAAAUAUAUAAAUAUUUUAUGGAGUUAAAAUUUGUCUUCAUAGCUUCUAACAGACGCGAAUUCUAAAUAUUAAGUCUUGUCUCUUGAUACAGAAUAGUUAGUGAAAACCUGUUCAGACAAAUGUAUUUGAUUUUCCGCAUUUAACACAUAGAUCGACGUAACAGAUACGAGGAGCAUGAAAUAAAUCUUUACCAAUAUAAGAAUAUACGGUAUUCUAUGUGUCAACAUACUUUACGAAUUUAUUAUCUUGAAUUGAAUUUACUGCUAUUCUAAAAAGUUCAAGCACUUUGAGGCAAGAAAAGCGAAUUAUGUAUUAAGAACCAUAGCGUCGUAUGAUAAAAAUAUGCACCGAAAAAUGCGCAAAUAAAUAAUUUCCGACAGUAAA